UCAAAAACGUGGUGAUGUUAAAGCUGCCAAGGAACAGCAAAAAAGAGGACGAGGAAGUUCCAGAUAUUUCGCAAAGAAUAUAUGAAAUGUGUACAAUAGACGGGGUUAUUGCAGAGCCAUGCGUUUUACGGCAAGAUCAGACAAGCAGGUAUUUUCCAACAGACAGUCAGGAGAGAAUCUGCUCACUGGAAUGAGGUUAUCGUUAGCCAAACGCUUUGUCAACUUCCAUUUUCACUGUCCAGGUAUUCGUUUUAAGUAGCCUAGCUGGUUAAGCUACUAUGAGGCAUGUGUUUGCGAGUAUUGGGUUAAUUUCAGUUUGUGAAUAGUUGAUUAGACUUAUUUAAAAAAUAUUGUAGGCUAAAUGAAAGGGAGAUGACGGAGAAUCACACAACUACAUAACCUUAGCUAACUGAGUUAUUGGAUGGAGCAUAUCAAUUUUAUCCGUGGUGGUAUGUCUUGGAAUAAAUGUUGGCCAGCUAAUGUUAUGUAUUUUGAUAGCUAGAUAUCCAAAGGCUACUUAGCCGCAGACCUGGUUCGUUUAGCCAACUGGGCCAUUCCAAAUGCAUAGAAAAAACUAUUAAGCUAUGAGGAAUUGCUGCCAGGUGUGUAUCCUAAUUAAACUUGCUGUGCUGUUAGGCUACAAAUAGGCUAUACCCUUGCUCAUGUCAUCAUAGCCCAUGACAUGCUGCAACGUUUUUUGCACGAGCUAAAAUAGCCUUGCUUGGUUGCAUAUUUCACUUUGCCGAUUAACGUUACGGCGCCUUUAACAUUUCUUUGGACUGCCAUUGGUUUUGUUUUUUAAAUCCCCAGCUCAUCACAUGGGAGCGCCAUUGACUCAAUGCAAGCAUCAAACUGCAAGGGAAGUGAUAGAAACGCGGAACAUCUCGCUGGGUGAUCAAGAAAAGUUCCUGACUAUUGAGGGAAUAGACCUACCAUUUAUGCUAGGCUAUAGUCAAUGUCCAUGACAUGAUAUCAGAACGCGCGCGACUGCUGUUGCACCUGUCAGCAGUAGCACACCUCAAUCGGAAAUACUUUGUUGAAGAUGAACUGAACAAGCAUCGUUUUUGUUUGUGGCCUGUUUUGCCCUAUUGUUUUAGACCGCAGGCUACGGAUUCUGCUGGAGAUAAAGCCUAAAACCUACUGCCUAUGUGUCUAAGGCUACACAUGUUAUAGCACAACUGACUCGCCAUUGAUGUGGUUUCUACCUAGCGGUUACCACUGUCUGACACUUUUAAUAAUGCACUGAAGAGAACUGGGAAUACGUUAUGUUAUUGGAGCAAGAGUAAAUCACCGAUACGGAGCCAGCAUUCAACUAUGCCUGUAAGAAAAGAAGAUACAGCUAGGGCCCUAGGGCUUUUGGAAGACUACUGUGCUAAACUGAAGAAACCAGAGGAACAACAGCUCAAAACUGCCAUUCAGAGAGUGAUGGGGGUCUUCAAAAGCAGCCUGUUCCAAGCACUGCUUGAUAUACAGGAGUUCUAUGAGGUGACGCUGCUGAACACCCAAAAGAGCUGUGAGCAGAAGCUGGAGGAGGUCAACCAGAUGGCAGACAAGUGGGAACAGACGGGCACGGGCUCCCCCACCACGGUGCUACAACACACCUGCCCAACAGAGAUGAGGGAGCGGAGCAGCUCGGAGCCCAGUGGGAAGGACCAGACACCGAUCAGUGUGAAAGUCUCUGAAAACAGGCCGGCUGCGGUGCAGGGGUCCCCACACACUGGCCAUCCCCCGGCAUGCAUGAACCCCGCCUUGAUGAGCACUCCCUGGCAGUAUCGCUAUCAAGAUGAGGACUCUCCGCCUGAGCACGGGUUCCCGCGGCUGACCAACGAGGUGCGCGCCCCUGAGCUGGUACACGUAUCGGAGAAGAACCUCUCGGAGAUUGAGAAUGUGCAUGGCUACGUGUCCCACUCCCAUAUCUCCCCGCUCAAGGCAAGUCCCGCCCCAAUAAUUGUCAACACCGACACUCUGGAGACCGUACCUUACGUCAACGGGACAGAAAUUGAAUAUGAGUUUGAAGAAAUCACACUAGAGCGGGGGAACUCAGGGUUGGGUUUCAGCAUCGCUGGAGGAACAGAUAAUCCCCAUAUCGGUGAUGAUCCAGGGAUCUUCAUCACCAAGAUCAUUCCUGGUGGUGCGGCAGCAGAGGAUGGCCGGCUAAGAGUGAAUGACUGCAUCCUGCGGGUGAAUGAUGCCGACGUAUCUGAGGUGUCCCACAGUAAGGCAGUGGAGGCCCUGAAGGUGGCCGGCUCCAUCGUCAGGCUGUACGUUCGCCGGAGGAGACCCAUGCUGGAAGCUGUCAUUGAGAUUAAACUCAUCAAAGGACCAAAAGGGCUGGGCUUCAGCAUCGCAGGAGGGGUGGGCAACCAGCACAUCCCGGGGGACAACAGCAUCUUUGUCACUAAGAUCAUAGAUGGAGGUGCAGCACAGAAGGACCAGCGCUUGCAGGUUGGAGACCGGCUGCUUAUGGUGAACAACUACACUCUGGAAGAGGUCUCCCACGAGGAGGCAGUAGCCAUACUGAAGAACACGUCUGACGUUGUCUACCUGAAGGUGGGCAAGCCCACCAGUGGUUACUUAUCAGAUCCCUAUGGGCCACCUGAUAUCACGCACUCGUUCUCUCCAGCAAUGGAAAAUCAUAUAUCUUCCAUGGGCAACAACGGCACUCUGGAGUACAAGUGCAGUCUUCCCCCCAUGCCCAUCUCCCCUGGAAGGUACUCCCCCCUCCCAAAACACUUACUCGGGGAAGAGGACAUAAACAGGUUGGAUGGUUUUUCCUUCUUAAGAAAUGCCUCGAUAGAUGAUGGGGAAGCUCACAGGUUUGAGUCGCAGCACUUCCAGUUGAGGCCUCCUGAGCCAGUUUACAGCACUGUGAACAAAGCACCUUCUCCCCGCCACUAUUCCCCCGUGGAGUGUGACAAAAGCCUCCUCCACUCCAUACCCUUCCCUCACUAUCACUUAGGCCUGCUCCCUGACUUCGAGAUCACCAGGGAUCCUAGGAGGAUGGUCCUCCAUAAGGGCUCCACUGGCCUGGGGUUCAACAUCGUGGGCGGGGAGGACGGAGAGGGCAUCUUUGUCUCCUUCAUCCUGGCGGGAGGGCCCGCCGACCUGAGCGGAGAGCUGCGGAGGGGAGACCAGAUCCUGUCGGUUAAUGGCAUCGACCUACGCGGGGCCACCCACGAGCAAGCGGCUGCAGCACUAAAGGGGGCGGGCCAAACUGUCACCAUCAUUGCUCAGUACAGGCCAGAGGAGUACGGGCGUUUCGAGGCCAAAAUCCAUGAUCUGCGGGAACAGAUGAUGAACCAUAGCAUGAGCUCUGGGUCCGGAUCCCUCCGAACCAAUCAGAAACGCUCCCUUUACGUCAGGGCACUGUUUGACUAUGAGAAGGCCAAAGACAGUGGACUCCCUAGCCAGGGCCUCAGCUUCAGGUAUGGGGACAUCCUCCACGUCAUCAACGCCUCAGACGAUGAAUGGUGGCAGGCCCGGAGGGUGACCCCUGAUGGGGACAGCGAAGAGAUGGGGGUCAUCCCCAGCAAGAGGAGGGUUGAGAGGAAAGAACGAGCACGUCUAAAGACAGUGAAGUUCAAUGCCAAACCUGGAACCAUCGAUUCAAAAGGGUCAUUCAAUGACAAGCGUAAAAAGAACUUCAUCUUUACACGAAAGUUCCCAUUCUACAAGAACAAGGAGUUGGGUGAGCAGGAUGGCAGUGAUUCAGAACGGAGUCAAGAGGACAUGAUUCUCUCCUAUGAGCCUGUCAUUCGACAAGAGAUUAAUUACGCCAGACCCGUCAUAAUCCUUGGACCAAUGAAAGACAGAAUCAACGACGACCUGAUAUCAGAAUUCCCUGACAAAUUUGGCUCCUGCGUGCCACCGGCUAACAGUUCAGGGCAGCCAGACACCACUCGAUCGAGGCGGGACUACGAGGUCGAUGGGCGGGACUACCAUUUUGUAAUGUCCAGAGAGCAGAUGGAGCAGGACAUCCAAGAGCACAAGUUCAUUGAGGCGGGCCAGUACAACGACAAUCUAUAUGGAACCAGUGUUCAGUCGGUCAAAUAUGUGGCUGAGAGGCAGGGUAAACACUGCAUACUGGACGUGUCGGGGAAUGCCAUAAAACGACUACAAGUAGCACAACUCUAUCCCAUUGCCAUCUUUAUAAAGCCUAGGUCCAUUGAUUCAUUAAUGGAGAUGAAUAAGAGAUUAACAGAAGAGCAGGCCAGGAAGACAUUUGACCGGGCCAUGAAGCUGGAACAGGAGUUUGGCGAGUUUUUCACAGCCCUUGUUCAAGGAGACACCUUAGAAGACAUUUAUAACCACUGCAAAAUGGUGAUAGAGGAGCAUUCGGGACCUUACAUCUGGAUCCCAUCAAAGGAGAAAUUAUGAGAACACACCACUUUGGCAGGGAUAUUGGACUGCUAGAUUCACAACAUACUUUGUAAAAAAUUAUCAACUGUAAUGGUAAUUUAUAUUGUUCAUAAUUAUAGCCAAUUAAAACGAUUUUUUUGUUAUAGUUUUUAGUUUUUUUUUACUUUCAAUAUGAAUGUUCCUGAAUGUACACUACAAAGUUUAAGAAACAUUUUUGGGCAAAAAAAAAUUGACGGUUUGUAUAUUUAAUGUUUUUUUAUUUUAGAAAAUGCAAAGGAAAUGAAAUAAACAAGGGCAUGUGUUCACGUCGACACUGCGUGGAAUUUAAAAUGAAUAUUCGACGAUGGCAGAGACACAAGUCAUCGCCACGGCAAUGAAGGAGGGGAAGGAAAUAAUAUCAGCUUCUUUUGCUAGCACUUGUGUCCGAUAUUCACCUCACAUCAGUAGCUGACAUUUUGUGUGACUUUAGCAGCUAUGGCCCUUGGACACAGUUAAUCACAAUCCUCCUAUUUUUACAUUAUUAUUUUUUAUUAUUUUGUGAAUCCAGAUUUGUUUUAAAAUGUUUUAUUUGAAGAAGAAUUCUCCUCAACUGUGUUUUUUUUUUUUUUGUGUGUGUGGAUUAUUUCUUUAAAAAUACAGUUAUUGUUAAGAUGCUUUGAUUAGAAUGAAGAAUUAAGGGGGAAAUCUACAUUUAGGUGUAGGAAAUGUGACAUUAUAUUUUGCUAUUUAUACUGAUAGAGGGCACAACAGCACAGAAAGUAUUUAUUAUGAAGAUAUAUAACUUUGAUUAAAAAAUAAAUAAUAAAACUGAUCUUAAUUGUU